AUGGGAGUGAAGGUUGAUGGUCGGCAGCUACGCGUUUUGCGUUUUGCUGAUGACAUCGUACUGAUAGCACCUAACAUCAGCCAAGCGGAACGAAUGCUGAUCGAAUUCGACGAAACAUGUAGAUGCAUCGGUCUUCAUCUGAGUCUGCAAAAGACGAUGUUCAUGCGCAACGGAUGGGUCUCGGAUGCCCCUUUCACGCUCAACGGAACGAGUAUAUCCGAAUGCACCAACUACAUUUAUCUGGGUCGGAAAUUGAACAUGAUAAACGACCUAAUCCCCGAGCUGGGCAGGAGGAGACGAGCGGCCUGGAGAGCGUAUAAGAGCAUCGAGGAUGUAGUGAGGAAGACCAGGAACACCCGCUUCCGUGCAUCAACACCAUCAUACUUCCUGCCUUGA